AAUCGGAGCAGAAUGUUUCAGUUGCAAAAGUGUGCUCGUGCCAAUUAGACGCGGACACGUGUGCGCGCGUACACCUUGGGUCCAGCAUCGUAACGAUUGCAUUUGGUCGCAGCUCUACCAACACACACACACACACAACUACAUUCACCCUAACACAGCGGUGCGAUCGAUUUGUUGAGUCGUUCAGGUGAAUAUUCUGCACCCUUCGCGGUACGAUGCGUAACAACACACCAGCCGACCGACGGGGUGACCCAGAGGUGGCCAUUGCCUAGCUUCCAGGUCGCUCGGCUCGGUGGUCCAGUGACGCGUAUCUUGCUCCCGUUCUCGCAGGAUAGCUUUCGCUCUCCCUGUCUUUCUCUCUCUCUCUGUCGCGCGCGCACGCAACAACCCAACUCUGCAGACUGCAGAUAAACCAGCAGACGGUUGGACGCCUUUCGUGCAGAGGGUUUUGCGAAAGGCACCCCACACUAAAAACGGAAAAAAGAAUACCAGUUAAAGAAGUGCAGCAAGAAGCAGUAGCAACAAGAAACGGUGAACAAAAACCACCCUUCCACCGCAGCAUAAGUUGAUCCGGUAACCUCGCCUGCCCGAAGGAAAGCUCCCUCCAGCGCGUACCACUGCGGUGUUUCCUAUUUAUUAUUUUUUUUUCCUUCUGUGAAAAUUUUGGAAGCUUGUCUCCAGUGAGUUUUACCGCAGUGUGCCAGCAUGGUGGCAAAGUGAAAGUAGCGGCGUGCGUGUGUCUGUUCGUCUCUGCGAUGUUUCUGUGCGACGCGAGGCUUAUAUGCCGACGGCUGCGAUUGAUGAUGCGGUAGUGACCAGUUUGCUUGGUGACCCUUAUUGUGUGACCCCUUUCGUGGCACGGUUCGUGAGGGUGAACGGGGUUGUCACAACAAUGGUUUGGGAUGUGUAACCGUUCAUACGCUGUUUUCCCUCUUUUUGGCAACUUGAUGCUACCCCUACCAUUCGUCGCCAAUAAACGUGUGUGUGCUUCUGUUUGUGCGUAUAGGUAAAAGUGUUCAACCGUUGUUCGAUUGUCGGAAAAAGGAUUUCAUCCUUACAAUUGAUUCGCAGUGGAUCAGGUGAUUUUAGGUGUGUUUGAUUGAUUAGUGGUGUGGUGUGUGUGCCGGGUGCAAUGUGAUGAGUGGAUCCAAUUAAACCGUGUGGUGCGACCGUUCAGUGCAGUUUGUGCAAUGUUUAUCCCGUCCGUAACGAGCAGCUUUACAUAGGAAUAAUACAGUGCAGUUUCAAGCAACGUACAUGCUGGUUCGACAUUGAAGACAUUGCCUCGACCGGAACCGCCACCAAAUCAAUCCAUCUCCUUUAUCCUCCCCCCCUGCUCGGGUGCUGCCAAAAGGGAAGAAGAGGAAACAUCCGUGCUAGCUCUAUCCUGGAUGCAUGUCGGCCGGAACGCUAUCGAUCGGCGGUGUGCGGUAUGAAUAGCGAAGCAGAAACCUCCCAUAUACUUCAGAAACUGCACGGCGAGCGAGUGAUGAAUCUUUAAAUUAAGCUGCUUUGUUUUGUCGGCGCAUGUGUUCGAAUUGUAGCGAAGUUUGCGAAGCGAUUGAAUGGCAAAAUAUUCAUCCACUAAGGUUUGUUUGGCUGUGUGUUUGUGUGUGUGUGUAUGUGUGAUAGUGUUUGUAAGUGAAAAGUAAUCAAAUCGGGAGGAAAAAAUACACCUAAAUGUGAAAGUGAAACACAAAAGUGCAAUCAAAUCAGUAAAGUGCGUUGAAGUAUUCUGGAGGAUGCUUCCCAGCUGCUUCUGCCGGAUGUGCCGGAUCUGCUAGUACAGUGCAGGGCGCACCUUCCCGGUAAUAUAAGUGGAAACCACUCGUGCAACGCCGCGUUUAAUGCAAAACGGUUUCACUUAAUUCGUACUACCACUUCCUCGCCGUGAGUUUGUUCCAUGUUUGCGCUCUCCAAAAAAGGUGCUUCCCCGGAUUAUCGUACCAAUUUGUUCCCGUAGUUAAGGAUAGUGUUGGAAUUUUCGACCAAAACAAGGAAAAGAAAAUAGCUACCUGCAACGUUUCCGACCACUUGCUGUUAUUUCGUCGGCUCUCCCGGCCAGUCGACACCAAUUCAUCGCACAACAUUGAUUCACCGGGUGCGAAGCGCGUAACAGCGUAGAACAGAAUGAAUAACAAGCUGCAUCUGCUGGCCGUACCCUUGCUUAGCCUGCUCGUGGGCUAUGUAGCUAGCCUAGAAGAGGACUGUGUCGACUUCCAGGGAAACUCGGUCGCACACGGUCUACUCUACGUACCUGGACCGGGCGUGUGCAGUUUGUGCGUCUGCUACCACUCUGAGCCGCUAUGGUGCAAAGCAAUCUACUGUGAUCCUCCUUAUUUCUGUAAAAAGUUUCGCGUAGGUGAACGAUGCUGUGAAUUUGAGUGUCUCGAUCCACCCGGAGAGGACGAAAUGUAUCAGAUCAGUUGUGACAAUCUUCUGCGCACCCUGUGCCCAACUUUUCAACUGUCAAACGUCUAGCGAAUCACAACAAAACAUCACCGUGUGGCACAUUCCUGUUCACACAACU